AUGUUCGAAGACCUGCGGCGGGCGCCGGACGAGCCUUUGGCGUUGAACGACGACGACGGCGAGGAGGGAAAGCCGAUGAAGGAGAAGAGACUCGCGAAGUCGAACGACGACGCCUCGGACGCCUCCGACGACGACGACGACGACGACGCGAAGACCGCGGAGGAGAAGGCUGAGAUCGCCGCCGCGAGGAUCGCCGGCCUCCUCGAGGGCGAGCUCCUCGAGGAAGUCGUCGCCGCGCACCGGAGGGUCCUCGGCGGAUUACGCGGCGCGCCGUCGCCGCCGCCGCCGCCGCCGCCCGGCUCGAACCACGACCCCGCGUCGUCCGCGGCGGCGAAGAAGGACCCGACCGGGUGGUGGGCCGCCGCGGGCGCGCCGCCGCCGCCGCGGAGGUACGGCGAGGCGCUCCUCACGCCGUCGGAGGCGACGCGCGCGGACGCGUUCGCGAGAGCGUACGACGUCGGCGUGGACGUCGCGCGCGCCGUCGGCGUCGGCGCCAUGCCCGACGCGGUGGACGCGGCGACGCGGACGGGGCACGUGCUCCGCCUCGCGCUGGACCACGCGGCGACGUCGCGCCCCGCGAGCAGCGCGGCGGAACCGUUCAUCAACCGCGUCGGGAAGGUCUCGGGGACGCGCGUCAAGACGGAGGACGACGGCGGCGCGAACGCGAACGCGAACGCGAACCCGCUCGCGCUCGGCGUCGCGAACGAGCUCGCCGUGGACGCGUUCGACCCCGUCGCGGACGCCGCCGCGGACGCGCUCGGCGCGGACAUGAACGACGGCGGGUGCGCCGGGGAGAUGGCGCUCGUCGUGCCCCCCGUCGCGGCGUGCGCGCGGCGCGUCGCGUCGCUGCUCGCGGAGUGGCCAGACCACCCGCUGUUGACGCAGCUCGGGGAGAUUUGCGACCGCGUGCUGAAUCUGCCGCUGGACGCGCCGCUGAAGGCGGCGCUGACGGGUCUGGAGCUCUUACUCGCGCGCGCGCAGACGUGGGAGGAGGGCGCGGCGUCGCGCGUGAGCCUGAGGGAGGAGCUCGCGGCGUGCGCGAAGCUCGCGCUGCGGUGGCGUCAACGGGAGCUGCGGACGUGGCCGCGGUUGCUCGCACGCGCGGCGGAGAGGCAGGUCGCGCGCGCGCACCGGACGUGGUUCGCGCUGCACCGGCUGCUCCGGCCGCCGCGCGCUUCGUCUUCGUCGACGAAAAAAUCCAAAUCCAAAUCCAAAUCCGCGACGGACGACGCCGAGGCGUUCACCGACGACGGCGCGCCCGUCGACGCCUCGGGGCUGACCGAGGACGAGCGCGAGGGGCUGAGACAGAUCACGCUCGCGCUCGACGAGUACGUUCAGGGCUCGACGAUCGGCGAGUUCCGCGCGCGUCUGGACCUCUUGUGGCAGUUCCACGCGGACAUGGCGGUGGACGCGCGCGCGGCGGCGGCGGCGGCGGCGGCGGCGGCGGCGGCUGCCGGCGGCGACGCCGCCCUCGGAGCCGACUCGGACGACGACGAUGACGUGGACGACGGUUCGCGUCCCAUGAUCUCGACCGCCGCCGCCGGCGGCGCGCGCGAGCUCGCGCUCUCGAACGUGCUCUACAACACGUGGCGGUACUACGUCCAAUUCGCGCCGACGGUGGCGAAUCGCGUCGAAGCCGCGCGCGCGCCCGCGGCGCAAAAACUCCGCGACCACGCGAAGCUCGCGAAAUGGGAAGACCGCGGCUACCACGCGAUGAAAACCUCCGGCGAGGCGAACCAGCGGAGUCUGCACAAGUUUGUCCGCGCGUUCGACGCGUCGCUCAACGCGCUCGUGUUGCCCGUGUUGCAGGCUGCGAACGGCGGCGUCGGGCUCGGCGAUUUGCCCGGCGAACGCGGCGCGGCGGAGCGCGCGGCGGCGGCGGCGGCGGCGGCGGCGGCGACGCGCGAGGCUCGAAACGUCGCGAUUCUCGCGAAGAACAAGACCGCCGCGGACGCGCGCGAGAAGCACAAGGCGAUGUCCGCGGGCGCGUACCAGGGCGAGACGCCGCUGGAGCGCGCGAAGCGCGAGGGCGUCGAAGAGGCUGACGCGGAGGCGUGGCGGCUGGACGUCGAGGAGCGAUCCAAACGCGCCGUCGCCGACGCGGCGGCGGCGGCCAAGGCCAAGGCUGAGCGCGGCGCGGCGUCGCGGCGCGAGCGCCAGCGCGAUACCGCGCGGCAGGGCUGGCUCGACGCGUCGCGGCGCGCGGCGGAGGACGCCGCGCGCGCGGCCGCGGUCACGGCCGCGACCGCGGACGACGCGACGAGGAGUCGCGACGACGACGACGACGACUACGACGACGCGUCAUCGGAGGCGAUGCUCGCGCCGCUUCGCCUGCGCGACGGCGCGCUGUAUCAGUCGAAACUGGCCCUCCUCGUGAAGCGGUUGGGGUCCGUCCUCGGCGCGUCCCUCCCCGGGGCGCCGCCGUGCCCGAGCGCGGACGACCCGGAAGCGUCCGACGUCGCGGGGACGCACGCGGCCGCGGACGUGGACGCGUUCGCGUCCGCGAUCGCCGCGCGAGCGACGGAGCUCCGCGACGAUAAAAAGGCGAAAAAAGCAGCCAAGAAGAAGGCGCUCACGGACCUCCUCAAGGCGCUGCCGUCGUUCGGGAUCUCCUCCGCGAGGAAAGCGGUCCCGGACGCGCAGCGCGCGCCGUCCGCGUGGUUCC